CCUUUCAACUCUAAAUUAUAUUUAAAAUAUUCAUACCUAUACAUUAACGAAAUAUUUUCAAAAAGCGUAGACAAUUUUGAAAAGUUAUGGAUCCAGAACGCAACGUAAAACGCCUUCGUAAGCUUUUCGGGGUAUCAAGGACAAUUCUUAAGAGGGCAGCUCGACGACCUAGCAUUAGUGAUCAAGAAAGUGAAGAGCAGCAGCGCAAACGAUUUCAAAUGCUCCGUGAAUUACGCCAACAAAGAUUAUCGAGUCUUGGUGCCAAUCAGAGAUAUGUACUAGAGAUUUGUGCAGACAUGAUUGGAUUAGAUACUGAAGAAGUUGUUACGGGCAUAGUUGAUGAAAAUCUUUAUGUAGAUAAUCUUAAUGGACUAUUCGAAGCGAAAGGUCCAAUGGCUGUGAUGUUGAGUAAUGCUCCUAUGGUAGGCUAUCCCGUUGAUUCUGGGCGCUAUCAAGAUAAACUGCGACAUACAGAAGUACAUCGAGCUAUUUGCUUAUGCGCUGGUACAGUAAGAUUGAUUGGUAAAUGGAUGGUAGUAUACCGACAACAAAACGACAAGGCAAUAGAAAACCGGUCCGUAAGCGAUGAUGUGGCUAUGUUUAUGAUCAAUGCAGAAGGCCCUGAUUCAUGCUUGAAUGUUGUCAAGACUUUUGUGGAGCAAGUGCUUAAGCCAUCAAUUGAAGCAGUUACUGAUUUUGGGCUUGCCGAAAAGGAACAAUUACAAAAGUUUUUCCAUAUUUUAAAUAUGUACAAUACGUUUCUGAAGUCCUCGGAUGCCAUAGUAUCAUCUCGUGUUAAUUUCGACGUUUCACAUGACCUCUUUAAGGGGUUUUUGCUAGUAAGAUGGCAAAUAGAAGCUAGCUCAAAAAUUGUUAGUCGUGUGAGACUAGUAGAACGAUACUUCGAGAAGUGGUUGCGGCAAAUACAAGGUAUACUUGUUGAAGGAAAGCAGAUACAACGAGAUCCUCCCGACGUAGGACCGUUACACAUGUUAGUAAACUGGCGCCAAAUGUUAGCUAAGUUAACUUCUAUUACGGAAUUUGUAACAUCGCGUGCAUUUAAUAAUCACAAGGAUUGCCUAACAUUGUCACGAUCUUCAAAACUUCUUAACCGGUGGGAUAAAAUCGAUAACCAGGUUACUUUAGCGUUAAACGAAGCAAAGGAUAAUGUUCGUUUUAUUUCAUCAUUACAAAAGUUUUGGGACCCGCUAUACAGAUCAUCACCAGAUGAAAUUAUAAGUAGCUUACCUGGGCUAAUGGUUGCAAUUCGCAAUGUUUGCAAGACAGCACAUUAUUUUAAUACUUCCGUAAAUUUGACUGGACUUAUGGUCAAAAUAUCUAAUCAGCUUACAAUUACCAGCAAAAAUUUUAUAACUGAUAAUGAACAUCGAAGCCUUUGGGAGAUAUCAUCAGUGGAGAUUAUUGAAAAAAUUGAAAAAUGUAGAGAUGUUAUGGAUCACUUCAAAAACAUUUAUAUUAACACCGUAGAGGAAAUGAAAAAUAGUAAUGAAAGGCCAUGGACUGUAUCUUCAGUUUAUAUAUUUACAUGUCUGGAGAAAUUUCUACAUCGGCUGGAAAAGAUUAAAUGUAUUGCAAAUACAGAAAUAAUAUACUCAAUUUUGGAUCGUAUAUUAAUAAGUGGAAUGGAAAAAUUUAAUACAAUGAUAAAAGCUGCUCGUAUAACUAUAAGUAGUAAAUUGUAUGAUCCCUUAAAUUAUCGCAUAGAAACAUUUGAUACAGAUUUUGAAAAAUUUGUUAAAGAAGUUGAAGUGGCUGAGGUUGGUAUGCAGCAAUUUGUGAAAUUGCUCACAGCUGAAUGUCCAACAGCCGAAUCAAUGAUGCUAAUACUAAAACGAUUUGAGGCACUGCACUUAGAAUGCUUGUGCUUGGAUCGAAGAUAUUUCAAGGUUGCUGAAAUGUUAGAAAAGGAAAUGCUCUUGCUCAAGGAUGUGUAUAAUGAGGAACGCGGUAAUCCCUUUAUACCUCGGAAUUUACCUCCUGUAGCUGGUAGAAUAGUCUGGAUUCGUUCGAUUUUUAAAAAAAUUGAUUUACCAAUGCAAGCUUUAAAGUUACGACAUUGUGUUCUUGCCCAUAAAAAAGCUCAGCGUACAGUUCGCUACUAUAACUACAUGAAUGGUAUUGUUUGUCAUUAUGAAAUGGCUUAUCAUAAAGCUUGGUUUGAUUACGUUGAGGAAGUUCGAUGUGCUCUUAAUGCCCCAAUUUUAACUAUUAAUAAAGACGAAGCUCUAUAUACUAUAAAUUUGGAUCGCUCGAUUUUGCAACUUAUAUCUGAAACCGAAUGGAUGUGGAAACUGCAUUUGGAAGUGCCAAAUAUGGCUUCAACUGUGGCUUAUUGCAAGGAUCGUAUCUUUCAUCCAUUUAAUACUUUAAAACUAACGUUGCAACGGUUAGAUCGAUUGCGAUCAUCACUAACUCCAGUAUUUAUUAAUAUAAUGCGGUUUCGGUUACAAGAAAUAUCGGUAAUGCUUAAGCCUUCGCUGUCGUCGGUAACAUGGAUAUCGAAAAAUUUGGAAGAUUAUGUAGAAAAAGUGUGUAUGAAAAUUCAAGAGGUAGAAAUAUUUUUUGGUUUGAUUUUGGACAUUGAGGAACUUCGAGUCAUGCAAGAAAUAUAUAAUAUAUCAGAAUUCUUAUAUAUUUAUGUUCCUGAUGAACCCGUUUCAUCCUAUCAAUUUGUUGAGGAGAGUAAUAAGCUGCGAGCAAAAAUUGAACGUGUACUUGAGAAGAAGUCAAUCUGUAUGGAACGUGCUGUUAUUGACAUUAUAAAUAUGUUUAUCGAUUUACUGGACUUUGAGCAGUCAGAUUCGAAGGGUCGACGUGUAUUCCAGCUACCAGCUGAAAAAUUAAAUGAUAGUAAUUGGCGUACGGAGGGGUUUUUACCUAUUGAUAAAUGGGAUUUUAUUCAAUUUCACAAAAUAUACCGAACAAUUUACUUAGCACCUGACGAUGUACUAAGGACUUUACAAUUUAGAAAUUAUGAGAAUAUACGGUAUGAACUUCACCAUUUACGUAAUGACUGUAUGGAUCUGUUUUCCUACUAUAACUCAAAAAUCAUUUUGGCCUUGGUUGCUGGAUCUAAACGAUCUUUAGAUUUUGUACGACAAAAUAUACUCAGGACAAACUGGCGCACGAAUCAAAUGAAACCCAUACUAUUUACCGAAUUGGAAAUGGAUUUUAAUAGUGGUUGCUAUAUAAAACCGAGUUUGGAUAUUAUGCAAAAUGAUUUUAAUAAUGCUGUUUUAUGUUGUACGGAGAUUAAUUAUUUCGUGUCGACUUGGGGCAAACAGGCGAAAACACAAGAACGAAGAGAUAGAAGAGUUACAGCUGAUGAAAACAAAUAUGAAAGAAAUUAUUUUCGGUAUGUUGUUGAGCAUAAGGACAUAAUCAGAGCUGUUCAAAACUUAGCAAAUGGAUUGUUGAGCUAUAAAGCCGAUAUGGAGGAGUUUCAACGCGAAAUUUUUGAAAAGAAUAAAUACCUUUGGGCUGAAGAUCGAGAAGAUGUUAUUAAUGCAUUUGUCUUAACUAACCCUUUAACAGUUGAUAUACGAGAUAUGUUUUUGUACUAUGAUGGAAUUACUCAAAGUAUUGAAACAAUGAGUGCUAAGCGCAUAAUUGGUCCCAUUGAAGUACGCAUGAAUAAUACAAUGCAAAAAUUAGUGGCUGAAUCCAAGAAGUGGAAAGUAUUGUUGGGUCAGUUGUUGAGUGUUCAAUAUAAGAAACAAUUAGAUGAAAUGAUAGAUUUUAUUAAAGAACAUGAUAAAAUUUUACUAAAGCCAAUUAACGACUUAGAUGAUGUACGUCAAGCCAUGGCAGUGUUGGAAGCAAUUCGAGACAGUUACAUUGA